GAGGCCAAAAAUGUUCCUUGAGAACAAGAAGUGGGGAAAGAAGCCUGGAAGCUGGAAUCAGGCUUCAGUAGUCCCCACAUUAUCUCCAAAAGGCCAAAAAUUUGAACCGGAAGUGGAAGACAGGAAGUAGGCCGCGGAAGGCAACAAGGUUACAUCCAAGCGUGGGUUCCGGGGGAUCUGAGUCUUCGGUGCGAACCGACUUAAGGCGGUGGGGCGAGCAUCCUGACACAAAUGGCUUUCCCUGAGCCCAAACCGCGGGGCCCGGAGCUGCCGCAGAAACGCGUGAAGACGCUGGACUGCGGGCAGGGGGCAGUGCGAGCCGUCCGAUUUAAUGUGGAUGGCAAUUACUGUCUGACGUGCGGCAGCGACAAGACCCUGAAGCUGUGGAACCCGCUGCGGGGCACGCUGCUGCGGACGUACACCGGCCACGGAUACGAGGUGCUGGACGCGGCCGGCUCCUUUGACAACAGCAGUCUCUGCUCCGGCGGCGGGGACAAGGCGGUGGUGCUGUGGGAUGUGGCGUCGGGGCAGGUCGUUCGCAAAUUCCGGGGCCACGCGGGGAAGGUGAACACGGUCCAGUUUAAUGAAGAGGCCACGGUCAUCCUGUCUGGCUCUAUCGAUUCCAGCAUACGCUGCUGGGACUGCCGAUCUCGAAGGCCUGAGCCAGUGCAGACUCUGGACGAAGCCAGGGAUGGCAUAUCCAGUGUGAAGGUGUCAGACCAUGAGAUCCUAGCAGGCUCCGUGGACGGCCGGGUGAGGCGCUAUGACCUAAGGAUGGGGCAGCUCUUCUCAGACUAUGUGGGCAGCCCCAUCACGUGUACCUGCUUCAGCCGGGACGGCCAGUGCACCCUGGUGUCCAGCCUGGACUCCACGUUGCGGCUUCUAGACAAGGACACAGGGGAACUAUUGGGCGAGUACACGGGCCAUAAGAACCAGGAGUACAAGCUGGAGUGCUGCCUGAGUGAGCGUGACACACACGUGGUCAGCUGCUCCGAGGACGGGAAGGUGUACUUCUGGGACCUGGUCGAGGGUGCCCUGGCGCUGGCCCUGCCCGUGGGUCACGGUGUGGUGCAGUCGCUGUCCUUCCACCCCCUGGAGCCCUGCCUGCUGACCGCCAUGGGGGGCAGCGUCCACUGCUGGCGGGAAGAGGCUUACGAAGCGGAGGGUGGCCCAGGCUGAAGCUGGGGACCCACCGCCACCAAGGACACAGACUCGAGGUUCACAGACAGCAUUUAUUGUAGACGUGCCGCUGACCAAGGAGCGAGGGGAGACUGGGUGUGUGCACUAAUAAAUAGAGGAGGGGAGGCUUCGCGGGUGCGGCA